GUCCAGAAGACACGUCUCUUAUGAGACACGUGUUGGGCAUUGACGUCUCUUUCUCUCUCUCCCGAAAUCAACUCGCCUCUCUCUCUCUCUCUCUCGUGAUCUCUCCUUGGCUCUGCGCCGCGUUAUCCUUCAUCCGCUCCAUGAAUUCCUCCCAAGCUUGCUUCUUCCACUCUCCUCUUCGACCCAGCUCGCUUCCCCAAUCCUCCCAUGGCUUCUUCUCAAAGCGUAAGCUUCUCUUCCUCUGAUUACAUCUGAAUCAAAGCAAUCACUUAUCAGGACACAGUCUGUUGCUGAUAAAUUAAGAAUCGGAGCAAUCACUUAUCUGUCAAUUGAUUCUGUUUUGUUGCUUUUGUUUAAUUUCUUGUGGGUUUCUUAAAUAUGACAAUCGGUGUGAUGCUAUCGAAGAUGAUGAUGAUGUUGUUGAGUCAGCUGCUUCUUCUUUUGAUCGAGCUAAAAUUACAAGAUUGUGAUUGAUGAUGAUACCAAGUGAUCAUGAAUAUGUGUUGCGCACAGGUCCUUUGUCAUGUUCUUCCAUCCUUGCACUUCUCUCCAAUACUCUGUUUUUGCAGCCACAAAGAGAACAGAGGUGGUGCCUAGACGACAACAUGAGACCAGAGCUUCCUGGGUUUUAUUUCGACUAGGAGAAGAAGAAAUAUUUCGCAAUUAAAGGUCCUAUCCCAGGUUCAAAACCUUCUUCUUCUUCUUCUUCAAAAGCAGCGGAACAAAAGCCUGAAUCAAAGCCCUUCAAAGGAAAACAUAGGCGAUGCUGCUUUGAAAGAGUUUCAGGUUGAUAUACAAACAUCUCAAGGCCUCACCACAAACAACAUCCUAGUAGCAGGCAGUAAUUGAGGCUGCUUGAGCAGCCAAAAACCAUCAAAACCAACAGUUUCGGUAGUUUUCUCGGUAGGAUCACAAUGGCAGCGACGGUUGUGUUGAGCUGCAGCAGCAGUACGAAGGUUAGAACAUGGAAAAGGUAUUCGAAGCAGAUAAAGGAGCAAAGGGCUCGUCUGUACAUCAUCUGGAAAUGUGCAGUCUUUCUUCUCUCCUCCCAUGAUUGAUCACAAUCAUCAAUCUCGAUCUUUAUUGCUUAUGUAUUAGUUUAGCUCCCAGAUAAGUGAAGAUACGUAUAUAUAUAUACAGAGUUAAUUUUCUAAUAGAGGGUGAUUGGAUAUGGAAAGCCAACUAUGUAUAAUGUGAAUUUUCUUACGAUAAUCGAUAGAAAAUCCGUUGUCUCCUAUACUUGAUUAUACAAAUACAUAGUUGUUGAUAUGCGAAUAAGCUAUUGGUAGUUUUGUAAUAAAAGAGAUGUUAUAAGAAAUUAAGAACAAAAGUUCAGCUGUGUAAAUAAAGUUAAAGAACUUCACAAGGUUAA